CACCGCCAUCGCCCUGAACUCCGGGGUAGAAACUGUCCUUACCGGGGGAAAUGUCUGCUGAUGAGCGAAGGCCCUGGCGCUAUUCCUAUGGCGCAUGCGUGUCGCUGGAUCGGCGGCUGAUAGACGGUUUCUGGGCACAAAAGGCAAAGGAUUUGUAUAUGUGAAUCUCAAACAGAACCACAAACACGUUUAGUCCCACCGUAUGUUGUCAUCAGUCUUUGAAUGUGGAGGAGGAGAUGCUUGAGAAAACAGCACACCGUUUGCAGCAAGGAGAACCCAAACACGUGCUCAGUGUAGGAGAGAGAUCUGGAUAAAGCAACCUGGUGAUAAACUUUGUGAAUUCUCUUCAAGUUAUUGAAGGAGUGAUCAAGUAUUUCCAUUGUAACGCCAGUAUAUCAGUGGUGGAACCUUGGAGCAGAAGAUGUAUCUCAGCCCAGCUGGAAAUGCGGUUUGAAAUAAAGUUUUCUGGUGUCACUCUGUGAAAUCCACUGCAACUAAGCGCCUGCCAACACACCAGCAUUUGUUCACCAGAGAUCAGAUCUUAACUGCAUUGUCUGUGUGAAGGAUUGACGUCUGACUUGAUGAGUUAGCAGGGAGAUAUCAUUCACCUGCUGUCGGUGUGGGAAGGGAUUCACUCACUCAGCUGACCUGCAGACACACCGGUGAAUUUUCCCGUUCACCUGCUCUGUGUGAAGGAAGGGCUGUACUCAGUAAUCCAGCCUGAGGAUAUAACAGCGAGUUCACAUCAUAGUGAGAUUGCUCAGACGACACUAAGCAAUUCAUUCUGAAGAUACAUCAGAAAAUUCACCACAGUGAGAGGCUGUUCACCUGCCCUGUGUGUGGGAAGGCAGUCGCUUGACCACUCAACUUAGUGACACACAAGCGAGCUCACAUGAGAGAGAGGAGGGACUAUUCAACUCUUCCGUGCUUGGAACAGGAUUCACUCUUGCAUCCCAUGUGAUGAGUCACCCCCUAAUGCACUCCAAGGAGAAGUCGUUCAUCUGCUCAGACUGUGGGAAGGGAUUCACUGACUCAUCCAAGUUAAUCAGGCACCAGCGAUUUCACUCUGGGGAGAAGCCGUUCACCUGCUCAGACUGUGGGAAGGGAUUCACUCGGUCUUCUAAUCUACUGGCACACCAGAAACUUCACACUGGGGAGAGGCCGUUCACCUGUUCAGACUGUGGGAAGGGAUUCACUGAAUCAUCUCGCCUGCACGCACACCAGCGGGUUCACACGGGAGAAAAACCAUUCACCUGUUCCGCAUGUGGGAAGGGAUUCACUCACUCAUCUCUACUGCGAAGACACCAGCGCGUUCACUCUGGGGAGAAGCCAUUUUCCUGCACAGACUGUGGGAAGGCAUUUACACAGUCAUCUCACUUGCAAGUACACCGGCGUGUUCACAGUGGAGAGAGACCAUACAUCUGCCCUGUUUGUGGGAAGCGAUGUACUCGAUCAUCUGACCUGUUGAGCCACAAGCGAACUCACACGGGAGAGAGGCCAUUCACCUGCUCUGAAUGUGGGAAGGGAUUCACUCAGCUAUCUAACCUACUGAUACACCAGGCGGUUCACACUGGGGCGAGGCCGUUCACCUGCUCAGUGUGUGGGAAGGGAUUCGCUCACCCGUACUCUCUGAAAAGUCACCAGCGAAAUCACACCGGGGAGAGGCCGUUCUCUUGCUUAGAAUGUGGGAAGAGAUUCAUUCGGUCUUCUCAUUUACUGGCGCAUCAGAGACUUCACACUGAGGAAAGGCCAUUCAUUUGUUCAGAGUGUGGCAAGGGAUUCACUGAAUCGUCACACCUGCACGUGCACCAGCGGGUUCACACGGGAGAAAAACCAUUCACCUGCUCAGACUGUGGGAAGGCAUUUAUCCAGUCAUCUCACUUGAAAGUACACCGGGCGGUUCACACUGGGGAGAGGCCAUUCACCUGUUCUGAAUGUGGGAAGGGAUUCACUCACUUGUACUAUUUGAUAAAUCACCAGCGGGUUCACACUGAACAGAAGCUGUUCACCUGCUCGAUAUGUGGGAAGGGAUUCACUCGGUCGUCUAAUCUACUGGUGCACCAGAGAGUUCACACUGGGGAGAGGCCAUUCACCUGUUCAGACUGUGGGAAGGGAUUCACUGUUUUGUCACGCCUGCACGUGCACCAGCGGAUUCACACGGGAGAAAAACCAUUCGCCUGCUCAGAAUGUGGGGAUGUAUUCAAUCAGUCAUCUCAACUGCAAGCACACAGGCAAGUUCACGAUGGGGAGCAACCGGUUAUCUGCUCUGUUAGCGGGAAACGAUGCACUCGAUCAUCUCAGCUGAUGAAGCAUCAGCGAGUUCACACUGGGGAGAGACCAUUCACCUGCUCAGAAUGUGGGAAGGGAUUCACUCGGUCAUCUGAUCUGAGAAGUCACCAGCGAGUUCACACUGGGGAGAGACCAUUCACCUGCUCAGAAUGUGGGAAGGGAUUCACUCGAUCAUCUGAUCUGAGAAGUCACCAGCGAGUUCACACUGGGGAAAGACCAUUCACCUGCUCAGACUGUGGAAAGACGUUCACUCGGUCCUCUCAUCUUUUAUCACACCGGCUGGUUCACACUGGAGAGAGGCCGUUCACCUGCUCAGAGUGUGGGAAGGGAUUCACUCGGUCAUCCCAUCUCCUGGCACACCAGAAACUUCACAGUGGGGAGAGGCCAUUCACCUGUUCAGACUGUGGAAAGGGAUUCACUGAAUCGUAUCAACUGCACGCGCACCAGCGAGUUCACACGGGAGAAAAUCCAUUCACCUGUCCUGUGUGUGGGAAGGGAUUCACUCACUCAUCUCAUGUGAGAAGACACCAGCGAGUUCACUCUGGGGCAAAGCCGUUCACCUGCUCAGACUGUGGGAAGACAUUCACCCAGUCAUCUAAUUUGCAAGUACACCGGCGUGUUCACAGUGGAGAGAGACCAUAUGUCUGCCCUGUUUGUGGGAAGCGAUGUACUCAAUCAUCUGACCUGUUGAGGCACAAGCGAAUUCACACGGGAGAGAGGCCAUUCACCUGCUCAGUGUGUGGGAAGGGAUUCACUCACUCGUCCUCUCUGAUAAGUCACCAGCGGACUCACACUUGAGAGAGGCUGUUCACCUGCUCGGUCUGUGGGAAAGGAUUCACUCGGUCGUCUAAUCUACUGGCGCACCAGAGAGUUCACGCUGGGGAGAAGCCAUUCAGCUGAUGAAUUGUGGGAAGUAAUUUACUGAAUAGUCAUAUUUGAACACACACCAGUGAGGUCACACAGGAGAGAAACCAUUCACCCGUUCUGUGUCUGGGAAGGGAUUCACUCACUCAUUCCAAAGGGUUAAGACACAAAUGAUUUCACUCUGGGGAGAAGCCAUUCACCUGCUCAGACUGUGGGAAGGGAUUCACUCAAUCAGCUGAACUGCUGAAACACCAGCGAGUUCAUAGUGGAGAAGCCUGUUCACCUGUUGUGAAUGUGGGAAGGGAUUCACUCAGUUACACCACAUUGUGAAGUAUCAGUGGGUUUACACUGAGAGGCUGCAUACCUGGCCUGAGUGAGUAAACAGGUUUACUCGUUCAUCCUACCUGUUGGUACGCCAGCUGCGAUUGUGCGGAGUUAUGUACGGUGUCUUCUCACCCGUAGACACCAUCAUGCUCACAGUGGCCGGGGUCCAUUCAUCUGCUCUGUGUGGCAGGAAUUCACUUGCUCAGCCCACAGGCAGAAACACCAGUGGGUUCACUGUGGAAAGAAGGCAUUCACCUGUUCUGUGUGUGGGAGGGAUAUACUCUGAUGUCAUCCAGCCUGAAGAUAUAACUGCGAGUUCCCAUUGCACAGUGACCAUAUACCUGAUCUGACUCUGGGUAGCGAUUCCUUAAGAUCCCCAACCUCAGGACACAUAAGUGAGUUCACACUGGAGAGGGGUUAUCCAUCUGGUCUAGGUGUGGGAAGGAAUUCAUUCAGUCAUUUCAGCCACUGAGCACCAGCGAGUUCCCACGAGGGAGUAGCCGUUCACCUGUUCUGAGUGUGGGAAGGGUUUCAUUCAGUUAAACCACCUUGUGAGGCUCCAUUAAGUUCACAAUAAGGUGAGGCCACAUUUCUGUCCUGAAUGAGCAAAGAGAUUUACUCAGUUGUCCCUUAUGGUGAGACUCCAGCAACUUCACAUCAAGGAGAAGGUUCAAAUAAACUGUCUGUUAUAUUUUUAGGCAUCACAACGGCUGGAUCUGGUUGCAAGCUCCUGAAUGAUUCUUUAUUUCAGGUUCUGCUGUUAUUGCAGCUGCUAAUCACACCCGGGACUGAACUGAGCCUUCGAGGGGUUUGUUCUGUUGCUGUCGGCAGUAAGUGAGACUGGUGUAUAACGCUGUAGAUCGGUGACAAAUAAAUCACUUGAAUUUCAAAUUGUCAUGGAAACACUAACUGAGAACACUGAGAGUGAC